AAGGAUACCACAACAUUGUAACAGAAUUCAAAAUUUUCUAAAUACUUUCAUUCGAAAUAAUUUUUUCUUCUCUUCUUUGAAAUCCGGAUAUUUCCUCCUAAAUUUACAAUAAUUUCGAUUAUCAUAGUUUUUCUUGUUUAAAUUUAGUAAUACCAAGAAAAUUUUAUUUUAUUAAGCAAAAUACAUCCUCAUCUUGCUUUCUCGGGUGUUAUCAUGUUUAUGCUGAUAUGCAGACAGAAGGCAGUAAUUAGCCCAAGGGAAAAACAAGGGCUCGGAGGGGAGUUUGGUGGAACAUCGUUCAUACAUUUCGCAGUUCGUUCCUGUUGGGUAAGAACACCACGAGACCUGUCAUUUGUUGAUUGAAUGUUUCUGAUGCGCUUUUGAGUCAUUUUCUGUUCGCAAGACCAUCCCCUUCUCGACAUGAAAGCUCGCCACAGGGCGGAAGUGUGCGGGCGAUGGCGGAAGAUAAAUCUUGGUUUAGCUGUGGGGAAGUAAUCAGGCGCACUGGGCCGUAACUUCAAUGUCCUUUCGCAAGCUUCAAUUAUAAUUACUCAGAAACCUGAAUUAAAGUUACUGAGAUCAUUAUUUGUUAACCUCUUAACGAACCUAUUUUGUAUUGAAACAUAAUGCCUAUAUUUAUAAUGUGAUUGUAGUUUGUUUUGUUCUUGUUGAUAUUGUUUCAAAUUAAUAUAGUUUAAAAUGUUUAUAUGCUUUAAUUCAGCCAAGAGUUCCUUUCCUUUAUAGCGUUUUUACAUUUAAUUUUUUUCAAUAUACUUCACGGUUGUUGUUUUUGUUUGUUUGGUGGUUUUUUUUUUUUUGUUUUUUGUUGUUUUUUUUUUUGUUUCUUGUUUGCGGUGCAGCCAUUGACUCGUAAAUCUCUUAUAACGAGAAGCCAUGUGAUUGCUAUCUUGAAGAGGUUUUGAUUGAAUAAGUGUUUGUAUUAUUCUUUCAGUUUUCUUUCAUUUUUGUUUACCACAAGAAAGUUUUUACAUUUUUUUUUUUGUUAUUAUAUUAGCAACAUUCUGUAAAUCCCCUACAAUUAUUUACUAACGAUAAUAAUAUCUGUGACAUAAAUCUGUCGCUUCGUGUUUUCUGUACCUCCCAAGCUUCCUUCAGUUCAUUUCAUGACAAUCAGCUUCAAAGAAAUUUGUAGUAACCGAGUCUUUCAGACAAGUAUCUCUUUUUUCCCGAUCUUCGCAUUUCCUACAGUCAAGGGAGGUAAAAGCUUAGACGCAGAGUUUUUUGCCCGCUCUAGUUAUCCUUCUUGAAAAGCAGUGUGUGUGUGUGUCCCCUACUUUCGGUUUCGUGCUACUCCUGACUGUAUCCUUUCGCAUGAUUGGUUGUUCUUGCACAAAAGAUGUAAGAAGAUCAAUUUUAUAUUCUACUCCUGUUUUCUCUGUAAACCCUUUCAGUUUGCUGUUCCUGGGUUCGUCUGCGCUUUUUUCCACGUUUUUUUUCUGAGCUCCUGCUGUUAACGUCCCUUUGUCACAUUGUCACUCCUCUUUGGUCACACUAUGACAUGUGCAAGACACGCAAUGAACCCAAGAUCCUGUCACUGACCAGAAGUUCCAUGCAUGUGUGAACUUCAGGUGUCUGAUGGCGUCACGGUCACGUGGCUAAUUGAAAGUUGCUGUUGUGGUUGUCGUCAUUUCUACAUUUUAUCCUCCCCCAAUCCACCACCUUUAACCCUCAUUUAAUAUCUGAUUCAAUUUUAUCGGGGAAGGAAUUUGUCUAAAUGAUUGUUGCUCGGCUUAAUUUUUUCUUCGUGGUUCCUACUGCAGUGAGCCUUUCACUUUUACUUCCACUCUGUCUUUCCCUCCUCCUACGGCUUAGCAUACUCUUAAGAAUAAGUACAUUCCGCUUUAACUUCUUCCUCUUCUUAUUAUUCACAUCAUCAUUUUUAGGUGUUGUGGGUUUAAUUUAGAUGCUAGGUGCAAUGGAUCCAUCAAAAGAGUCAAAAUAUAAUAAUUCUUUCCAUUUUAGUAGAUACAGUUUUCUUAUUGUGAGUGGGUGAGUGUGGUUUGGCGUUAGUCAUCCUUCGCAUCAUCACUUCAUCUUCCUUCUUAUUUUAUACUGCAUCGCUUACAAGGUAUCUAGACUUCCCACCACAGGCUUUAAAAAAAAAAGAAAGAGAGAGAGACCUCUAUAGUAAGUGGAGAAUGUUGAAGUCAGUUUUUAAUUUUAGUCGUUGAAGAAGAGAGAUUUUACGAGACAGUCAGUUUUUUCUCCCUCGUUACCUUGCCCUUUGCAACCCUCUACAGCCAGUCACCAUUUUUCUAAUAGUUUGGUCGACUGUGAAAAGUCCUUGCGCCUAUUCGGAUAGCGAACUAGUAUCCUUCAGGUUCUAAGGCCUAGUAACUAUUCGCCUGUCAUGUGUCUGUCUCUAAGUGCACGCUUUACAGUCCUUCGCUACAUCCGAGGUAUCCGGAUUCUGCCGACCUAUCUACGGUCCAGGUAUUCAAAAUCCGCGAGUCCUUGACUUUCCUACAACUUUAGCCUCAAGCACAAAAGCUCCGGAGAUGACGCAGACGGCGAUGACAGUUGGUGUGGAUGCCCGUCAGCGCCAUACCUAUACUUUGUCAGCGCACACCAGUAAUCAGGGAGUGAGUGGGAUUGUUAGUAGGUGCGGGAGGCCAGCAAAAUCGGGAAAGGAGAGAGACUUGGAAAAGAAAAUAAGCAAAUAAAAACAAGAAUUAAGACUAACAAUGAGAAUGACAGGCAGAGAUGAAAAAAGUAAAUAAGCAAAGACAUAAAGCGGGAUGAUAAUAACAAUAAUAAUAAUAAGAGAAAUUAGAGUGCGGCGCCCUUGCCAAAGCUACAAUAUCUGUGCCUUAUUUAAAAAUAAAAAAAACCGGGAGAGGGGGCCUUUUUCGCAUAAACAAAGAAAAUAAAAACCAAAUGUAAAGUAAGACAGAAGUCUAUUGUUAACAAAAGGGAGAAGAAUUAACGAAAGACACUGGAGGAAGGAUCAGGAAAUGGGGGCUGGAGAGGGAACAAAGAUAGGAGAUAACGGUGGAAGUUAGAGAAGAGGAAGAACGGAAGGUUUCGAAUGGAAAAGAGGGACGUGGGGAAAGAAGGGAGAAAAGAAACAUCCCAAUAAGGAGUUCGGAGUUAAUCUUUUCGAAAAAAAUUGCUGACUAGGGACAAGUCAUACAUGCAUAUUUAUUUAUUUCUUUAUUUACUUCUUUAUUUAUUUCUUUAAAAUGAAGUGGAAAAAGAUGCGAGUAGGACUAGCGAUAGGUGUCGGUAAAUUUCGUGUAGAUAUGUGUGCGCGUGAGUGAGUUAAAUAAAAUAAAAAACAAAAUAUGACAGAAACAAUCAAGCAAACAACCAACCAACCAACCGCACAAACAAACGCAAAAACAAGCAAACAAACAAACAAACAAACAAACAAACAAGCAAACAAACAAGAAAGAUCAGUAAAACAAAGAAUGAACAAAAGCAAAAGAAAGCAAGACAAGACAAUAAAAUAAAUAAAUAAAGAGGAAUGUGGAAAUUAAUAAGGGGAAAUGAAGGAAGAAACACCUCGUGUUCUAUGUCCGUGUUAAAAACCACAUUUUUACAAAUGUCACCCAUGUUGUAGCAAGCCUAUUUACUUCUCUGACGUCCACCGGAGAAUCCCGAAAACUGACAACUCGACCACAAGAUACGUCUGACACUUUGAGGGGUUUUGCCUAUUUGUAUUUCCUUAUACAUCAAAUGCCACUUCAUCUAAGCUAAAGUUUUUGCUGCUAAAGAUAGCCCACGUGACUAACCACAAAACGGCGGAUAGUAUAAAAAGUCAGUUUAUUCUUCAGUUACCACAAUCAGUUUUUGCCUUUCAUUCGAAUUUUGUAUGUGAAGUCAGAGAGAAUCAUGCAUAUGAUUAUGGGAGGUUUUCUUGUUCGGUCACUGCUCACACUGGUGAUUAUUGGGAUUGCUUGUCUGCCUGCGACUGAUGCCAACCGAGAACGAGAGAAGCGGAGCCCGCAGGGAAACCUCGUGUGUCCGGACAGAAACCCGAGUGACUAUGGUCUGCCAUACAGUCAGAUCGCUACUGCUCUGAGAGAAGUGCACAAUGCCAUGCAGAUCCUCAAUAAACUCAACGUCAGUAACAACAGUUUGCCAGUCGAAAUAGAUGAGUCACUGGUAUUCCUUUUGUAUGAGGAGUUUAAUGUGAGCAGCGUGGAGUUCAUGCAGCAGCUGCAGCUGUACCAGAUGGUGAUGAAGGAAGUCAGCAAGAAAUCAGACAGACGGCUAAAAAAAUCGUUGGGAGCACUGGUAAACAAGGUCCGGGACGUCCAGAAUAACCUCACGUGUCUCUGUCACGUGGCUUCCGGUAGGUCUGGUGAAUGCCAGCAGCCAGACAAUAUGACUCGAGUUCUGGGUAGCGUGCAAUUUCCGAAUAGGGAUCACUCCAUGGAAGCGGGUGCAUGUGUGCUGGUAAUGAUGAACCGAACCCUCACCAGCGUCGAGAACAGCUUGCAUCUGAUUCGUUCCCGAAGGGGAAGCAACCAGGGACAAAAGGGACGUCAGCAGAAACGGAUCAAAGGAAAGGGCGAGGAAGUACAAGUCAUGACCACCCCAGAUGACUACACAGCUUCUCGGGUACUGAAGAAACCAAAGAAAGCUGGAGAUGGUGUGGCCAUGCUAGACCUGAUCAAACCCAAGAAGGGUAACAAGAAGGGAGAUAACUCCCGAAAAGAAAAAGGUGGAGGGAAGGGCGAGAAGAAACAGCCAAAGAACAAGAAGAAGCAGCCGAAGGAUAAGAAGGGAGGCAACAAAAAGUCAAAACAACAACAAUAGCAAGCCAUUCAGACAGAACCAGUCUUAGCUCAUUGUCUACAGACACUCGCUCUUUCUGCUUUGUUUUUGAACAAAUGUAGUUUUCUUGUUGAGACAGCGACGGGGUGAGUUCGUUUUACCCUUUGUCUCCACAUCUCAGAAUCCCGACAUUUUGGCACAUAUCUUUCUACUGACAAUCCGUUUGGCAGAUGUGUGAGUUGUUCCUUGUUCUAGUGUUUCUCCAUGACCACUGCCAGUUCAGCACUGUGAUAUUAGUUAGCCAUAUUUCAGUAUUAUGAUCAAUAUGAUGGCGUCCAUGUCAGUAUGUGUGCUUGUUGCUGACGACCAGAUAUGAUAUGCGUUAAGAAAACCUAUUUGUGUUCAAGAAUCUAUAAGGCAUAUUCAUUUAUUGCUUCAUUCAUUCGUUCCCUGACUGCUACCAGUCAAUGGGGAGAUGAUACUAGCCUAACAUUCGGGUACCUGGAAGGACAGUCUCCCACAAAGUGUCUUGCCGUGCCAUGAGGCUGAACCAGACCAGCUUACGCCACUUGACCGUUGCAAGUAAGGGUUCCUGGAGGUCUGUGAGUAUGGGCGAUCAUGCUUUGUACAAGAUCAUUGGUUUUAUUUUACCUGUAGGAGAUCCAGAGCAGCCUCCUCACGCACCUGUUCUCGAAUACCUGGAUUCUCCUCAUCGCAUAGCUAUAAGACUCAAGGUAAAUUCAGUAUUUUAUGAAUUCAUCAUAUGAUGGUGUCCAUGCGUAACACAUUUUUAGUUACGUGUAAGUUCAGAUUUAUACUUUAUACAUGUUGUCUAGUCAGUCAUUUACAAUUGAAAUACAAUGCAAAUCAUAGCUGUGAAUUUUAAUAACCGUACACUUUUUUUAAUGCAAUCGCAUUCUUAUCUGGUAUAAAGUAACAAGGGCUACUCUUUUUUAAGUUUCAAACUAUUUAUUUUCUACACUGGUACAUGAUGUCUUCUAUGUCGACAUCACAUUCAUAUCGCCAGUUUUACGUGCCAAAUGCAAUUGUCCAUUGAAGUCUCUCAUCCAACACCUUUAAACUAAAUAUACCGUCAAAUGCAUUUGUAUUGUGUUCUAUUUACACAGUUUUACUGUCUACACUCGAUGACAUUUUGAUAUUUGUGUAAAUUAUUUUUUUACUUCAAUGGUCAUGAGUGGCCCCGGUGAAGUGUAACUUUUUUCUAUGUGAUAAGCAUGACGGCCACACACGCCAUUACUUUUUUUCAAAUCCGGUAUCAUGUGAUAUUCAUGGCAGGGUAAACUGCUCCGUAUGUGCAAUGCACAGAUUGAUAAUAAAGUGAAGUUGACGA